GUCACAACCCCUGUCUGCUGGUGUCCAAGGCACUCAGUGCUAACUGUUAGGCUCAUAGGCCCUUCUCUCACCCUGAAUCCAGGAGUCAUGUCCACAUAUGCCAUGUGUGUCCGCUAUGAUGGUGUCGAGGUGGAUGACAGCUACUGUGAUGCCCUGACCCGUCCGGAGCCUGUCCAUGAGUUCUGCGCUGGGAGGGAGUGCCAGCCCAGAUGGGAAACCAGCAGCUGGAGUGAGUGUUCUCGGACCUGUGGCGAGGGCUACCAGUUCCGCAUCGUGCGUUGCUGGAAGAUGCUGUCCCCCGGCUUCGACAGCUCCGUGUACAGUGACCUGUGCGAGGCCGCUGAGGCCGUGCGUCCCGAGGAGCGCAAGACUUGCCGCAACCCGGCCUGCGGGCCGCAGUGGGAGAUGUCCGAGUGGUCUGAGUGCACAGCCAAGUGCGGGGAGCGCAGUGUGGUGACCAGGGACAUCCGCUGCUCGGAGGACGAGAAGCUGUGUGACCCCAACACCAGGCCUGUCGGGGAGAAGAACUGCACUGGGCCCCCCUGUGACCGCCAGUGGACCGUCUCGGACUGGGGACCGUGCAGUGGGAGCUGUGGGCAGGGCCGCACCAUCAGACACGUGUACUGUAAGACCAGUGACGGACGGGUGGUCCCUGAGUCCCAGUGCCAGACCGAGACCAAGCCUCUGGCCAUCCACCCCUGUGGAGACAAGAACUGUCCAGCACACUGGCUGGCCCAGGACUGGGAGCGGUGCAACACUACCUGUGGGCGUGGCGUGAAGAAGCGGCUGGUCCUCUGUAUGGAGCUGGCCAAUGGGAAGCCACAGACGCGCAGCGGCCCUGAGUGUGGACUGGCUAGGAAGCCCCCUGAGGAGAGUACGUGCUUUGAGAGGCCCUGCUUCAAGUGGUACACCAGCCCCUGGUCAGAGUGCACCAAGACCUGCGGGGUGGGUGUGAGAAUGCGAGAUGUGAAGUGUUACCAGGGGACUGACAUCGUCCGCGGCUGUGACCCACUGGUGAAGCCUGUGGGCAGACAGGCCUGUGACCUGCAGCCUUGCCCCACAGAGCCCCCAGAUGACAGCUGCCAGGACCAGCCGGGCACCAACUGUGCCCUGGCCAUCAAGGUAAACCUCUGUGGCCAUUGGUACUACAGCAAGGCCUGCUGCCGCUCCUGCAGGCCUCCCCACUCCUAGGCCUGGUGCUCAGCUCCUGAAACCCAAGUGCCCUGACCUGGGGUCCCACCCUGGACACCAGUCCUGCAGGGCAUCACCAGGCUGUGAAGAUGUGACACUGAGCCUUGGCCGACAAGAAGUGACUUUCAUGCUGUGGGCCUGGGCUUGGUCCCAGGGAAGAGGCCUCAGUGCCCACCAGCUCCUCCCUGGAUGGAGCUGUCCUGCCUCGGGAAGCUGUACUAGAGCCGGGAGGAUCCUGUAUGUGUGGCCUGCCCUCAAGGGGACCUAGCCCAAAGCCCAGCAUAGUGAGACCUGCUCACAGUCCAGGCCGGGCUCUCUCAAUGUGACUUACAGAUGACCUGGAAAGUGGGGGCUCCCUCCAUCAGCAGCCUUGGGGUUGAAGAAGAGGCUCUGGAGCAGCUGAGGAGGCCCGGGCUGCCCUGCCCCUGCCAGUAUUGAGGCGCACUCCUUCCAGGGGACUCUAUGUCAUGACCUAGCACUGGCCUGGCCUCCCUCACUGGAGCUUCUGCGCUUGGAAGGACCAUGUACUCUAUGCCCUGGAAGAGACCCUCUUUCUCUUGGUGCAUUUGGUUAUGGACAGUGGGGCA